GAUUGAAGUCAAACUUUCUUAGCAAUCUCUCUGUUAUUAGUCAUGUCGAGGGAUCCUCUUGUUGUAGGGAAUGUGAUUGGUGAGGUGCUAGAUCAUUUUGUCCAGACAGUGACAUUUCGGGUGAUGUACAACAACAAAGAAAUAACGAAUGGGUCUGAACUCAAACCAUCUGCAGUGGCUAAGGAGCCGAGGGUUCAAAUCAGAGGCCAGGACAUGAGGACACUAUAUACACUUGUUAUGGUGGAUCCAGAUGCACCAAGCCCCAGCAAUCCAACAAAGAGAGAGCACCUUCAUUGGUUGGUGACAGACAUUCCGGAAACAACUAAUGCCAGCUUUGGAAAUGAGAUUGUUUGCUACGAAAGUCCACAGCCAACUGCUGGGAUUCAUCGUUUUGUAUUUGUUCUGUUUCGUCAAUCAAUUCGACAAACUGUUGACGCACCAGGCUGGAGGCAAAACUUCAACACAAGGGAUUUCUCUCAGUUCUAUAACCUUGGAGAUCCUGUUGCUGCAAUGUUCUUCAAUUGCCAGAGGGAGAAUGGUUGUGGUGGAAGAAGGUACUAAUAAUCAUAAUCCGUCGAUCAAUGGACUUGAAGGGUUUUGGGAACUUGUCAAGUAUGAGCAUUCAAGGAGGCAACAUUCAUGCAAGAGUUGCACAGAUUAUCAACUCGUCAUUAUACAUGCAAUAUAAUAACAAUUAAGCUGUGUAUUAGUAAUAAAGCUGUCUCCAUUUGUGUUGCAUCUAAUUCAAGAAGGUUAAGCCUCGAGUACUAUGAUUUUGCUUAAUAAAGAUUUGAAAGUUCUCAUUUUAAA